GAUGAAGUUUGUUCUUCUCGUCUCCGCUCUGGUCGCCGCGUGUGCCGCAUCUUCUCUGGAAAUUAUCGCAGCUCCGGCUUCCCUUAAGUUCCCGGAUGCUGACGCAACCUUGAAGACCACACUGAUUUCCACUCUCAAUGAGAACAUUCUGGGACUUUCUGCAAGACAAGUUGAUGGAUUUUCGGUCUCCGUUGACAUGUUCUCUCGUCCACGCGCCCUUGCCGUCGUAACUGUAAUUGGAGCUGACAACCUGAACUUGGGAGGAAAAACCUACUCAACCAAAUCCGACGGUGUUGAGAAUGUUGGAUUCGAUCAAGACAUGGCGCUGAUCUUUGGAGCCGACCGUGAAAAUGUGCAAGUUUCGGCUGGUGGAAUUACCGGAUCAAUGCUCGCUCUUGCCGCCCAACAAGAAGCCGUUGAUGCUACUGUAAUCAAGACCAAGAGAAGCACACUUGUCAAAGAACUUGAGGCUGUUUAUCAACUUGCCGCUGCCAUCAAGAGCGCCGGAGUACAAAUGGAUAACAAUGCUGAUGUUUUCCGUGUCUCCAUCACCGGACUUGUCGGAAUCACCGAAUCUGCCCAAAAGGAAGAAGCUGUCGCAGACGUUAAGGCCGCCAUUGAGGCUCUCACUGCAUCCAUCAACAAUGCUUACGGUGGACAAGCUGUCAUCGAGCUUCUUGCAUUCGAAGCUGAAUCCGGAGCCGCCGAGAAAAGCACCGAGUCUCGCGAAAUUCCAAACCAUAACAUUCAGAAGAGAGACACAAAAUCAAAAACGCCAACCCAAUUAGCUCGCGAAAACCUCCAAGUGACUGUUCCAGUGUCCUCUGAUUAUCCAGCAAUCUUUGCUAUCUUCCUUGGAUUAGUUGUUAUUCUUGUUGUGGCUCUCAUCUACAUUGUUGUGGGAAUGGCCUCAAUCGACCCAGAGAAGGAUUCCAUCAUCUAUCGUAUGACCACCACAAGAAUGAAGAAAGACUAGAUUCUACAGCAUCUUCAUCAAAUGAGCACUAUGCUCACCAUGUUUCACUGUUGAAAAUACUAUUUUCGAUAUUAUUUUCAAAUUCUUAAUUUCUGAUUACCGUUCGAGACAUUCCAUUUUCCAAUUUUUCCAGUAAUUGAUUGUAUUCUUUUCUAAAAUUUUGAUGACUUUUUUGUUUAUUUGACUAUUUUUUCCCAUCCUGUUGGUUUAUCUACUUCACAGAUUAGUACUAAUAAAUGUAUCUUAUCGC